AUGCCCCCUCAAACCCCAAUCCUCCUCCUAAAAACGAAAUCCUCUCCUCACGACGGCUACGAAGAUUACUUCUCCACAAACGGCUACACACCCUCCUUCAUCCCGGUCCUCGAACACCGCUUCCACACCGAGAACCUAGCUAGCGUGCGCGAACUCUUCGCAUCCGGCGCUUUUAACACCGACACCACCACCACCACACCUGACAAUGGAUCCAAGGAGGCCAGUGUGUGUAAGAAGAAAUAUGGGGGCAUGAUAUUCACCAGCCAGCGUGCGGUAGAAGCCUUCGCAGAGAUGAUCGAACAAAAAGGCCUCCCAUUCCACCCCUCACAAUCAACCCCCCUCCCCCUCUACACCGUCGGCCCCGCCACAGCCCGCGCCCUAGCACCCCUCCGCGACACAUACCUCCCCACGGCAACCAUCCACGGCGCAGACGCCGGCAACGGACAUAAUCUCGCCCACCUCAUACUAGACCACUACAACGCGCUACAGCUACAGCUACAGCUACAGCUACGGCUACAGCAAGACCGCCCUUCCGACGCGGACGCGGAUCUUGGUUCGCACAAGCCCAAGCCAUCCCUGCUCUUCCUCGUCGGCGAACAGCGCCGCGAUAUCAUCCCCAAGACGCUCAUGGAUACCGGGAGACCGGCGGCGGAGCGCAUAGAUGUAGAUGAGAUUGUCGUUUAUGAGACCGGGGAAAUGGGCUCGUUUGAGGUUGAUUUUCGGGAUGUACUGCGCAGGGAGAGGCAGGGUGCAGGUGGGGGGCCGAUUUGGGUGGUUGUUUUUUCGCCGUCGGGGUGUGAGGGGAUGCUUAGGGUUCUUGGGCUGGGACCUUUUAAGUCUGCGUCUGCUUCUGUGGACCGGGAUGGUGAUGGUGAUGGUGAGGGGAGGCGGAGGGAUGUGUUUGUUGCGACUAUUGGGCCGACGACGAGGGAUUUCUUGAGGGAGAGGUUUGGGUUUGAGGCGGAUGUUUGUGCGGAGAGGCCGAGUCCUGAGGGGAUUGCGGAGGGGAUUAGGAGGUUUGUGGAUGGGUCUGGGGAGUAG